CGUAAAUCUUGGUGAGAAACUAAGAACGAACAUUUUCUUCUUUCUUCUUCUUCAUCUUACCAGCCCUUUGGCGUGAAAUUUUGCAGUCGGCGACUACCAGUCUUCUACUAUGGCGUUUCCUUACAUGGAAGCUGUUGUCGGUUUUAUGAUACUAAUGUACAUCUUCGAGAGUUAUCUGGAUAUACGACAACACCGUGCUCUUAAGCUUCCAACACUUCCCAAAACGUUGGAAGGAGUCAUUAGCAUGGAGAAGUUUGAAAAAUCUAGAGCCUAUAGUCUAGAUAAGAGCUGCUUCCACUUUGUUCAUGAACUUUUUACCAUACUCAUGGACUCUGCAAUUUUGCUUUGUGCGGUAUUGCCUUGGCUUUGGAAGAUAUCUGCAGAUUAUCUUGUAUAUUUUGGCCUCAGUGCUGAGAAUGAGAUAACACACACCCUUGCCUUCUUAGCCUGUGUUACGAUUUGGUCUCAGAUCACAGACUUGCCAUUUGCCUUGUAUUCCACCUUCGUCAUUGAAUCUCGCCAUGGCUUCAACAAACAAACCAUUUGGUUAUUCCUCAGAGAUAUGAUCAAGGGCAUUAUUCUAUCAGUUAUAAUUGGUCCUCCAAUCGUGGCUGCGAUUAUUGUUAUAGUACAGAAAGGAGGUCCCUACUUGGCCAUAUAUCUAUGGGCAUUUAUGUUUGUUCUUUCUCUUGUAAUGAUGACUCUCUAUCCCGUUUUAAUAGCACCACUUUUUAACAAGUUCACUCCUCUGCCGGAAGGAGAACUUAGAACUAAGAUUGAAAAUCUUGCUGCCUCCCUCAAGUUUCCUUUAAAGAAGUUGUUUGUUGUUGAUGGAUCAACAAGGUCAAGCCACAGCAAUGCAUACAUGUAUGGAUUCUUUAAGAACAAGCGCAUUGUCUUGUAUGACACCUUGAUUCAACAAUGCAAAGACGAGGAAGAAGUUGUUGCUGUUAUUGCACAUGAAUUGGGUCACUGGAAACUUAAUCAUACAUUGUACUCUUUUGUAGCUGUUCAGAUUCUCACUGUUCUACAAUUUGGAGGAUAUACCCUUGUCAGGAACUCAAAAGACUUGUUUCAAAGUUUCGGGUUUGAUACACAGCCGGUCCUCAUUGGUCUCAUAAUAUUUCAGCACACUGUUAUACCACUCCAGCAUCUUGUGAGCUUUGGGCUUAAUCUUGUUAGUCGCGCCUUUGAGUUUCAGGCUGACGCUUUUGCUAAGAAGCUUGGUUAUGCUUCGGCACUUCGAGCAGGCCUCGUAAAACUGCAGGAAGAAAACUUAUCGGCUAUGAAUACGGAUCCUUGGUACUCUGCUUAUCACUAUUCUCAUCCUCCCCUCGUGGAAAGGUUGGCUGCCAUUGACAAAUCAGAUAAGAAGGAAGACUGAUGUGGAAAACUUGAUAAGCUCACUCACUCUGGUUAUUCAUUAUCUUCUUUUACGAGCCAAAAACUCUCGAGCAUCCUAUGUUGUAUUUUUUUUAAUAUAUCAUCAAAAGAAAAGAAAUGCACUGGGUAUUGCUCUUUUAUGAACAGGGUUUAAUGCAAUCUAAGCGAGAUGAGAUUUUGAGAAAAUGAACAGAAUCAUAGAAAGUGUUAAGUGUUAGUUUGACACAAUGCAAUGGUUGGUGAUGAUAUUUUAACGAGUGAGUUCAUUCUUCCA